UUGCCGCGGUGCCGCCCUCGCCCGCAAACCCAAACACUCCGGGCUGCUGGUGCGCGUGAUCUCCCUGUGGUCGCUCGGGCCGAGAGAUGCUGCUGCUGGCCGCCGCCGGCCUCGUGGCCUUCGUGCUGCUCCUCUACAUGGUGUCGCCGCUCAUCAGCCCCAAGCCCCUCGCGCUGCCCGGCGCGCACGUAGUGGUCACAGGAGGGUCCAGUGGCAUCGGAAAGUGCAUUGCCAUCGAGUGCUUCAGACAAGGAGCGUUUAUAACUCUGGUCGCACGGAAUGAGGACAAGCUGCUGCAGGCGAAGAAGGAAAUCGAGAAGCACUCUAUUAAUGAUAAACAGGUGGUACUUUGUAUCUCAGUCGAUGUGUCUCAAGACUAUAACCAAGUGGAGAAUGUCAUAAAACAGGCACAAGAGAAGCUGGGUCCUGUGGACAUGCUGGUCAACUGUGCAGGAAUGUCUCUGUCAGGAAAAUUUGAGGAACUUGAAGUUAGUUCUUUUGAGAAGUUAAUGAGCAUCAAUUACCUGGGCAGCGUGUACCCCAGCAGGGCAGUGAUCGCCACCAUGAAGGAGCGACGGGUGGGCAGAAUCGUGUUUGUGUCCUCGCAGGCGGGACAGCUGGGGCUAUUUGGUUUCACAGCCUACUCUUCAUCCAAGUUUGCCAUAAGAGGAUUGGCAGAAGCUCUGCAGAUGGAGGUGAAGCCUUAUAAUGUGUAUGUCACUGUGGCCUACCCGCCGGACACGGACACCCCUGGGUUGGCGGAGGAAAACAAGACUAAGCCCCUGGAGACCCGGCUUAUUUCAGAGACUACAGCUAUUUGCAAACCAGAGCAGGUGGCCAAACAAAUUGUCAAAGAUGCCAUACAAGGAAAUUUUAAUAGUUCCAUUGGCUCAGAUGGGUACAUGCUGUCAUCGCUCACCUGUGGGAUGGCCCCGGUGACUUCCAUCACGGAAGGACUCCAGCAGGUGGUCACCAUGGGCCUUUUCCGAACCAUUGCUCUCUUUUACCUGGGAAGUUUUGAUAAUAUAGUUCGCCGCUGCAUGGUGCAGAAAGCAAAACCUGAAACUGUAGACAAAACUGCCUAAUUCUUGCCCCUCGGACAAGACUGUAUCCAGUGAUCUGAACGGCUUGCUGCUAAUGGAACUCGGUUUUUGGCCUCCGGACUCUUGUGUCUUGUUUGUGAAUGUGUGAGAUUGGACCCAGUGCUCUUCAGGAAUCUGGCUGCAAGCAAAGGGACGACGGAUCUGUCUCUACAACAUCACCGUUAACACUAUGCAAAUACGGACCAGGACACCAUUGGGUUUUCUGGGCUUUGAGGCAAAGUGAUGAUCAUGUGAGAACUAGUAACAGGAGAACAGGGUAAAGAGUAGAAUUCCAGAAUGGUAAAUUUGGUUUUUUCAUUUAUCCCCCUCUUGCCCAUAGAGAUCAAGAAAUGUACUUUGUGGCACAUAAGAACUUUUGAGGGUUUCUUUUGUUUUUUGGUUUUAAUUUUUCAUGAAAGAUGGUGUCUGGGUUUUCAUUAAGGUUUUUUUUUUUUUGGUUUUUAAUUUUUUUAGCAUUUUUUAUUCAAGGUGUGACUUCCACAUAGCCAGUGAGUGACUGUCAGCUCCUCUGUGCUGUGUUUGGUACUCGCUUCUGCUAGUGAAGCUGGCUUCUCUCUUUUUGAUCCCUAUAAUAUGAGGGGGAUGAGAGGGCGGUGCAGAGGAAGGCGAGGGGCUG